AUGACCGCUCACCCAACCGAUCGGGUCCCGGAGAACCCGGGGCCCACCCCGAGACCCGGCACGAGGACCACCAGCCGGAGCCCGAGUCCUGUUCCGAAAGCCAAGCCGUUCUUCCGAUCCGUGCCCUUCCAAAUUUUCGUUGCCUGUGGCGUGUCAUUUACGGCCCCUGGCAUGUGGGAUGCUUUGGGCGGCCUUGGUGCCGGCGGUGCAGCUGAACCGUACGCUGUUAGCGCAGCAAACGCUCUGGGCGCUAUCAAUAACCGCAUCGGUCUUCCAUACGGAUUGGCCCUUGGUGCCAUCGGUUAUCCGCUGUACGGUGCCGGCUUAUACACCAACAAUGUCAAUGCCAACACUUGGUUUAUGCUGUUUGGUAGCGCCCUAUGUGGCAUAUCUGCCGGUUUCUUCUGGGCAGCCGAGGCGGCCAUCAUAAUCGGAUACCCCUCCCCUGGGGAUCGCGCCUUCUACCUGGCCAUCUGGCAGACGGCAAAGGCAGCAGGGCCCAUUGUAGGCGGCGCUAUCAACCUAGGACUGAACGCCAACAGGAAGACAACGGGCUCCGUUUCAUCGUCGACCUAUAUCGUCUUCAUUGUCAUUAUGUGUCUCGGCCUUCCCAUUGCUCUGUGCCUGUCGCCCGCGAGCAAGGUUUGGCGUAAGGACGGCACCAGAAUCAACACAUCCAUGGCGUCAAGCUGGGGAGGUGAGUUCAAGGCCGUUGGAAGGCUUUUCGCCAGCCGUAGGAUCUUGCUCCUGCUGCCAGCCUUCUUUAUCAGCUAUUUCUACAAUGGCUUCAUGAGCACGUGGCUGGCAACCUAUUUCACCGUCCGCUCUCGUGCCUUCUCAAGCUUUUUUACCAACUUUGCUGGCAUAUUCAGCUCUUUUCUCAUUGCCGCGCUUCUGGACAACCAGCAGAUCUAUAUCAAGACCCGUGGCCGGAUUGCGUUCCUCUCCAUCAUUGUCGUACUUAUGGGAACUUGGAUUUGGGCCACCGUCUUGCAGAAGCAGAUAUACGACGCAGAUGAGCCGCCCGCCUACGACUGGUUCCAAGGAGGUUUCGGUAAAAGCUAUGCUCUUGUCUUCUUCUGGCAGUUUGGCGGCCAGGCCUUCCAACAGUUUCUGUAUUGGCUUGUUGGCCAAUACGCAACUGACCUUUCUGACCUCAGCCGUCACACAGGUAUCCUGAGAGGCACAGAGGCUUUGGGGCAAACGGUUGCCUGGGCCAUGCAAUCCGAGGGCAACGCCAACCAUUUUGUAAGCAUCGGUCUUAACUUUGGUAUCACGGUUCUUUGCCUUUUCCCAACAUGGAUUGUCUUGUCCGAGCUCGAAGGAAGCCAUGAGAGUAAGAAUGUUGAAGCAUAUGGUCCCGGAAGUGAUUCCCUCGAGGAGGAAACCGGCCCGAAAUAG